AUGUCGCGAUGGACGGUGCGUCGUCGAAACCGACGCGCCCGCAGACCCCGGCGCGCGUCGCCGCGGGCUCCAUCGACCAUGCUCCGCCGUCUCGAUCCGCUCGCGCCUCAGGACGCGCACUCAAAACUAUUUCUGUGUCUCUUAGUUUUGCUCAACGUCGUCGACGCGUUCCACCUGAACGUCGUCUGGCCCAUGUUACCCUUCUUAGUGCGAGACGCCAGAGGGGUGGUCGAGCGCGACGUCGGUCUGUACGUCGGCGUCAUCGGCGCCGCGUCGCCGCUCGGAGCUUUGUGUACGUCUUAUGUGUGGGGGAAAGUCGCGGACGCGCGGGGGCGACGACCGGCUUUGAUCGCGGGAUGCGCGGCGAGCACGGCGAGCGUCUUCGUCUUCGGCACGGCGAAGACGAUUUCUCAGGCGUUCGUCGGUAGGUUUUUGUCGGGGUGCGUGAACUCCAACGCGCAGAUCGUGAAGACAUAUCUCGGCGAGACGUGCACGAAGCAGGCGCAGGCUGAAGCUUUUGGGGUGCUGGCGUUGGGAUACGGCUUGGCGAGCGCGUUGGCGCCCGUGGCGGGUGGGUGGCUCUCGAGGCCUGCUGAGCGAUGGGAGCGGUUGAGAGGGACGAUUUUUGAGACGUAUCCAUACCUGCUCCCGAUGCUCGUGGCGGCGAUGCUCACGGGAUUGGGCGCGGUGUUGGGAUGGUUCUUUUUACCGGAGACGGCUUCGUUCGUCAAGAGGCGAGAAGCGGAGACGAACGCUAAGACCGAGGAGGAGGAGAAACGAUUAGUGAAGCUCGCGUCUGCGGGCGAGCUGCGAGAUAUAGAAAUGCGACAGGUUGGAGAGUGGGACGACGACGCGUGCGAUGCUGAGUCGUCGCCGAAGGAAGUCUUAUUCACUCCGAACACGAUGCGAGCGGCGGUGUGCUACGCCACGCUCGCGGCGAUCGCCAUAGGAUACGACGAAAUGCUUCCGGUAUUUCUCAAAACUACUAGAGAGUUGGGAGGGUGCGAGUUCAACUCGCGAGACAUCGGAGCACUGUUAAUCGUCGGCGGAUUCACACUGCUGAUAUUUCAGCUGACAAUUUACAAACGCAUCUGCCACGCGCUAGGCGCGGUUCGCGCGUUCAGGCUCGGCGUGACUCUCUUUGCGGUCGUUUGCAUGCUCGCACCUUUCGCAUCCGUCAUGCCGAACGACACCGCACUGUGGAUCGUGGCGCUCAUAUCGCAGUGCACGAAAAUUUGCGCGUUGGGCAUCGGUUUCGUCAGCAUCACAAUCGUCGUCAACAACUCGUGCGAAGAUGCCGUCAAGGCUCGAGUGAAUGGAAUCGCUGGAACCAUGGCGGCGUUCGCCCGUAUCGUCGCUCCCGUGAUGUGCGGAUCGAUAUUCGCCGCCACGAUGCGGCUCAGCGGAAAGGUGCCAGCGCAUCAGUUCCUUCCGUUCGCGUUCGUCUCCGCCGUCACCCUCGCCCUACGAGUCGUCGCCGAAAAGCUGCCCCAAUGUUUAGACGCUCCACAAAUAUCCAUGCCCGCGCCUGUGCGCGAGGAACUCAUCGCAUAG